AUGGCGACCGCUCUUCUGACGGCAGCGCUCUUACUGGCGGCUCUCAAUGUCGUGUGGUUUGCGUCCGGCGCCGGCACCAGAGUGGAAGGCGGCCAGCCGUGCGCCGUGCGCUGGUACAACUACUCGAGCUUCGUGUGCGUCUGCAACGCCACCUACUGCGACGCGCCGCCGCCGAGACCGGCGCUCAGCAAUGGGGGAAUCGCGCACUACACCUCCUCGCGCUGUGGACAGAGGUUGUCGCUGCGCUUGCGCAGUUUCAAGAAUCCAGCAGAGCUGCAGUCCGGAGCGGCACGUCUGCGGGUGGAUACAAGCCAGCAGUUCCAGCGGAUGCUGGGCUUCGGCGGCGGUAUGUCGGACUCCACCGCCAUCAACAUCAGGACCCUCAGCUCAGCAACCCAGCAGCAGCUGCUCAGGAGCUACUUCGGAAACAGCGACGGCAGCUCGCGGUACUCCCUGAUCCGCCUGCCCAUGGGUGGCACCGACUUCUCGGCACGCAACUACACGUACGACGACAGCAAGACUCCUGACCCGACCCUAAAGAACUUUAGUCUCCAGCCAGAAGACAUCGAGUACAAGAUUCCACUGCUACUGUUGGCCCAGAGACUAUCGGGCAAUGGGCUGAAGAUACACGCAGCACCCUGGUCGGCUCCCAGAUGGAUGAAAGCCCACAACGGGACGAUCGGCAUUAGCUGGCUGCAAUCCAGAUACUACCAGACGUGGGCCAACUACUUUGUCAAGUUCCUGAAGGAGUACGCGAGGCGCGGCGUGGACGUGUGGGCCGUGUCGCUGCAGAACGAGCCCACGUCCGGCGCCGUCGUCACCAACGGCCUCAACAGCAUGGGCUGGAGUCCGCAGUGGCUGCGCCGCUUCCUCCAAGACUUCCUGGGCCCCACGCUGCGCCGCUACUCCGAUCUGGCCGACACAGAAAUCAUCAUCGGGGAGGACAAUCGCGACUUUUUGCACUGGUCCGCAGAGAUCCUGGAGGGCGAGGCGGCGCGCCGGCUGACGAGCGGCGUGUCGCUGCACUGGUAUGGGAAUAACGUCACCGACCCCAGCAUGCUGGAUGAGCUGCAUUGGAGGCACAGCGACCUCUUCAUCCUCUACACAGAGGCCUGCUACGGUCCCUUCUUGGGUACCGGAUACCCAGCAGUGAGAAUGGGAUCGUGGGAACGAGCAGAGAACUACACCAGCGACAUCAUACAGGUGACGAACCACUGGACGUCAGGUUGGGAGGAUUGGAACAUGGUGGUGAACACCGAGGGCGGCCCCACCUGGAUUGGAAACCACGCGGACGCGUCCAUCGUGGCAAAUUCGACGGCGGACGAGUUCUACAAGCAACCCAUGUACUACGCCAUCGCACACUUCUCGCGCUUCGUGCCGCGCGGAUCAUGGCGCGUCAGCCUCCAGAUGGACGCCUACUUCAACGACGUCGAGAGCGUCGCCUUCCUCACACCUCAAGAUGACGUCGUCGUCGUCCUUCAGAACAAGCAGGAGAGGCGGCGCUCCGUGGUGGUGUCGGACCCUCAGCUGGGAGAGGCGUCGCUGUCGCUGCCCGCGCACUCGAUGCACACGCUCGUCUACCGGCGAGCCGGCAACACUGUCUGA